UUCAUUGCUGUUGCUGUCUCGGAGUUUUGAAUUUUCUUUAAUAAAAUAAUCUCGUCUCGCGCCUCCUCCACACUGCAGAGUUACACGCCCAAUCAUAAUGGUCACCAAGUCCCUCGAGUUGCCCACGUUCGAGGAGUUGACUGUCGAAGAAGUUCCGAUCAGUUCGCCUGGUCUCCGUGCCGCUUCCAAUCAUUUUGGAAAAUAUUGUCUGGAAGUGAACGAUGAAUUCAUGAUGUGCAAAAUAGAAACAGAUGAUCCGCGUAAAUGUAUCAACGAAGGAAAGGCCGUCACCAAUUGUGCGCUUGAAUUCUUCAGGAAGUUGAAAGUCAACUGUUAUGAUGAAUUUCAGAUUUAUAGCAAUUGUAUUGAUAAAUCUAGCACUCGCUUAGAUUUUGAACCGUGCCGUAAGACUCAAGCUGUAUACGACAAAUGCGUGUUUGAAAAAAUGGGCAUUGAACGACCCGAACAUGGUUUCUUUUGUAAAGCACGCGUUUAUACUGGCAACCGACCUAAACCUCCACCUGCAGAACCACAAGUAUUCAGUGAUUUACCAGUCGGUCUUAAAGACUUCAAUGAAGAAGAACGGCCACCAGCAAAAUAUGGUCAACGUAACUGGUUUAUCAAGUAAUCUAACUGUAUGCUUAAUUUACAGUUGCAUAUUAUUAGUGUUUGUUAUUUAAAAACAAUUGAUAUGAGAUAAUAUUUUAUUGUAUUUUCAUUAAAUUUUCCCAUUGUAGAGAAUUGUAAUAAAUCUGAAAGUAUAAACA